AUGUUCCAAAUAUAUGCACUGUUAAGUCCAAAAGCUGCACAUGAUCUAGUUUGGAACAGAUUUUCAAAAAGAAAACAAAAGCUGGGUGGCAAUAUCUCUCUUGAUCUGGCCCUUGAGUUUUUGAACAGAAUUUUCAAAGAUGUUGUCAAAAAACUUGGACCUAAUGCCAGUACAAAGUCCAUCAACAGAAUUUGCCAUGUUAUGGGUGUAACGAAACAGCUAAUGGAAAAUUUUGACAGUUCAAUGUUGUUGUACAAGCGCUCUGGUAAACGCUUAUCGUGGAGUUCUUGA